AUGUUUAAGCUAUGGAAACUGAUCGUACUGAAAGGUCUAUUUCUCGAGAACCAGAUAGCAAUACCCAACCAAUCGCCACUCAUUGAAAAUGAUGAUGAAAAAAUAUUUCCUGAUAUGAGCAACUUACUUCCAAAGCUUCGUGAGUUUAUAGAUGAAAACACGACAGUGAUUGACAACCAUUAUCCAAAUACUCAACCCUCUGAAGAUCUUAAUUUCGAUGAAUAA